AUGGACCAAACCGGGGAGAGACUGUGUGAGGAAAUUAAGAAGCAUCCAUGCCUCUAUGAUUCUUUGUCGCAGCAUCGUAAGGACAACCGAAUGGUAGCUAAAUCGUGGAGAGAAAUCUCCUUGACCGUUGGUGUCGGGGUUCCUGAAUGCAUGAAGAGGUGGAAGAACAUGAGAGAUAAGUUUGUCCGUUUACGAAAGCGAAUGGCUUCAGAAAGUCAGGAGGCAGGUCGAAGAAGGGUGACAGCUUUCUACAUUUUUCUGUCUUGGCUUGGGCCGUUCGUCAGACACCGGAAUACUGCUCCCCUUAGUACUGAUAAGGUAUCAUGUCUUCUCUGUGGGGUCAAUAUUUGCGUGUUUAACUCGUGGUUACUAACAGCCUGAGCUGAGUUAACAAUGUUCUCUCUCGUUGUAAACACAACAUGAUUUCUACACAGGGCUAGAUUGGUAGAAAAUGUCUAUUCAGCCUUUUACCUAUGUCACUUCAUGGUAAAUACACCUUUAUGUAGCUGCAACCACACCGAUACUGCUCUUUCUUCUUUAGUUCCAGAAAAGGCUCAGACCCAGCAGAAACUGCAGCUCUGAAGUAGAGGCUGCAGCUGUUGAGGUAUCAGUUGAGGGUUCGAGUGAGGUUUCCUAUCUCUCCCCUUUGUCCUCGGAGCCCUCUCCUCGGCCCCCAAGCCCGAGGAUGGCAGGAAAAAGGUUAAAAGGGAUGGAUCAGGAUGAAUGUCUACAAAAGCAGUUGGAAGAGCUAAGAGUGGAACUUCAACAGAGACUAAGCGAGGGAGAUGAUGUUUAUACCAGGUUUGGGCAGACAGUGGCAGGCAUGAUCAGGAGGCUGCCAGAUGACCAGAGGUCGAGGGCCAUGUUCGAGGUGCACAAAGUGCUCUUUCACGUGCAGCAGCAGGCACAAGACUGA